CAAAUGCAAACGACGCAGUGUGAAAGAGUAGGAGACGCAGUUUGGGAACGUGGAUCAAAUUGUUUUCCAUAAAAAUUUGAUUUGAUUUUUAUUUUUUUAUAUAUUUUAAAAUUGUUUUGAUAUAUUAAUGGUAAAAAUAAAUUUAAAAAAAUAAAAAAAUAUUAUAAAAAACAACAAAGCUACCGUAGUAGCAGAAGGAAACCAAUGGGAAAGAGCAGAGAGGCAGAUCCUCAAAGCCUGCAAAAAUACGGCGUUCCUUUAUACUCUGCUGCUUGGCUUCCUUACAAAGAGCUCAGAUCCAAGCUACAACCCCGUGACGAUCACGUUGAUUCCUCUAAACAACAGGAACAACAGCAAGAGGAGGAGGAGGAGAUCCCCAAGCCCUCUGCUUCUUCCCAUGAACACUACGUCGUUUUGGCCGGCGGUGGCGGUGAAGGCAGCAGCGGCAUUCCCAACGCCGUCCUUCUCUCCUGUUUUGAUUUCUCCUCCAAUUCCCUCGCUUCUCAGCCCGUAGCUAAGCUUGGUCUUGGUUCUCAAUUACCCUAUAGAAUGGUGGUUCACCCCGGUGGAGAUGGAGUCAUUUGUGCAUUCCCCAGUAGUUGCCGAUUUUUUGACUGGGAUGAAGUCAAGGACAAUGAAGACCAUAAAUUGGGCCUUAAACCAUCCAAAAAAGUACUGACACAAUUAGAAGAUGUUGGACAGCAAUUAGCAUUGGCCUUUAACAGUGACAGCUCUGUACUUGCUGUAGGGGGCGAGGAUGGCAAUUUAAGGGUUUUCAAGUGGCCUGGCAUGGAAAUUAUUCUUAAUGAGACUCAAGCCCAUGCAUCUUUAAAGGACUUGUGUUUCAGCCCUGAUGGAAAAUUUCUUGUUUCAAUGGGACAGCGUGACCUUGGUAGAGUCUGGGAUGUAACUUCAUCCACAGCUGUAGCCUCUUUACCAAAGGAAAACGAUGAGAUUUUUGCAUCGUGCAGAUUUUCUCAAAGGAGUGAUCAGGCUCAGGUUCUCUAUAUCGCUGCAAUAACAGACAAAGGUUCAAGUAUUGUGACUUGGAACACAAGCUCAUGGAAGAGAAUGAGCUCAAAGCAUGUAGCCCGUGAACCAGUUUCAUCCUUCAAUGUCUCACCUGAUGGAAAGCUUCUUGCAAUGGGUAUGACUCAAGGAGAUGUGUUGCUUGUAAAUUCAACCAACUUGCGUGUUCAAACACUAGUUAGGAAAGCACAUCUUGGCAUAGUAACUGCAUUGGCGUUCUCUCAUGAUUCAAGGGCUUUGGUCUCUGCCUCUAUGGACUCAAGUGCAAGGGUGACACUAAUUGAGGACAACAGAAGUGAAAAAUCAGAUGGUCGGGGGUGGACAGAAGCGAUCCGGCGCUGACCAGGUGCACCUGCACCAGCAGUUUGUGAGCAUCUUUUGUGCACCUUGGGAAGGCACGAGUUGUUAUGUACGUUGUUUGUGUGCUUAGGAUUUCACCGUGUCCUAGACUCCAUGUAUCUGGAUUGAGUCUUAUUUAUGGUUUUUGUGCCUAAAUAUCUGAAACCGUGUAGGGAGCGUAGCCGAAUGCCAGGCCUCUAGGCUGUAGUCUGAGUGCCUUGACCCCUUUAUCACCUGGUUUAUUACGCGCCUUUUUUUUUUUUUAAUCAGAGAGUUGGUAACCACUUUUAUAAAAACAAGAGAAAGAUGGCAUGGAGAAUACAAGGGUUUAGAGGUGAUCGAGAUUUAUUUAUACAAAACUAAUUUCCAUAUAAUUAAUCGUUAUCUUCCUGCCCAUAAUGUCGACUUGGAACCUGUUUGAAAUUGCAGUAACAGAAGUGAUUUAUAAUGUUUUUCAUUUAGAAAUGCAUUAAAAUAAAUUUUUUUUUAAAAAAAAAUUGUUUUUGAUAUAUGUAAAAUCUAAAAACAUUAAAAAAAAAAUUAUUUUAAACAAAAAAAAAUUAAAA